AUGAAAGAGACUGAACAGGUGUCGGAAGCGCCACACGGCCUAGAAGGAGCCUGGUUAGACUUGACAAACAGAGUGCGCGUCUCCGGGGAUACGGUGGAAGCGUGUUCGGCGUUUUCAAUUGGUCCACCGCGUUGCCGCUGGCUGCUACAAGCGACAGACCGCGGCGUCAACUGUGCUGCACUGGAUCACUACGUACCGCACAUAUGCGGCACACACACGGAAACAGUGUAUCACAUUGCACACCAUCGAUAUAUAAAGAGGGCAGUUUGUGAGAUACCGUUUUUCAGGUUUCACAAAGCUCGGAUUCAAGUCUGCACGGCGAAAAUCGCAUGCACCGAACAGGUGCUUCCUUCGGCGGAUACAGACUAUCCUUGCCUGGAACCGAACGACUUGAUCGUUGGUCCAUCGGCGUUAAACCGUGCACCUCGGUACACACGCGCACAAGACAGCACGAUAGAGGCCCUGAUACUCAUCGUCGUCGGGCCCGACGGCACGUCCGACUGGCGCGAUGGCAAGCUCGAUGAUCGGCCGCCGUAUCUGACACCCGCUGCAAUCGAAUCACUGGCGACCCGCUACCCGAACAUGCGUCAUUUGCUAACGAAUUUGCCAUCCGUUGAUCGCCGGCGAGAUGGUGGCCUUGUCCGUAGCCACCGAGCGUUUUUCGCAACUGACUUUGCUGGAGAUGGGACACCGUCCGAAAGCCCCCAGAAAACCAUAACAGAGUUACUACGAGUGCCUCCAGACUGGCAAUUGUACGACGAUGCAGAAGGCGUUGUCUGUAUCUCCCUCGCACCCAUUGAGGGGCUCGAUGCGAUCCCCAGUUCCGUCUACUUUAAGAGUCACUGA